GUCCGCACAUGUUAGGAAAAUCUAACCCAAACAAAAUAAUAUACUUUGACGUCAAUUUGGCAACGCAGCACUCCUUGCCUUAACCUUUAAGAAUUGUUUUGGGGCUAGAGUCGCUAGCACCAAGCUCUUGUUAUGAAUAUCAAGUCAUCCCUGUAGUAGUAGUCUGUAUUACAGAGUCUGCAUCAUCCUUUCCUCUUUCAAACCAAGGAUUUUCAAACAAUGUUGAUUUUGGAAAAACCUUAUCGAUACACAUAUCGAUAUGACAAAUUCGUAUCGAUAUGCACGACAGAACAACAAAACAAAGCCAAAGCUUGGUUAUGCUACACUUUACAUUACAGUUAUGUUUCUUUUAUCUCUCCCCUGAUAAAAAUUGUAAUUAAUAAAUCCUAAUCAUUGAUGUAACUAAUACGUAUGAACGAAUUCAACGAAAAAUGGACCUAUCGGCUUACAAGAAUGUGGUGGAUUUCAAAAACAUAUGCAGGACGUGCAUGAACAAUCAAAAUUGUCGCACCAAAAUUGAAGAAGAAAAAAUUCGAGUGGACAACAAAGUUAUUCCAAUAUUGGAACUUUUGAAUUUUGUUCAUGAAGUUAAGAUGCACAAAGGAUUCCCUGAUGAAAUCUGCUCAAACUGUAUCGACCAAUUAAAAGCCUUCUACAAAUUUAAGCUUCAAGUUGAAAAGUCUGAAUCGGUACUGAAAAAACAUCUAGGCCCAUUUGACGACCGAAAUCCCACCACUAGCCCUUUAAUCCGUAACGAGCUAACAUUAGGGCCUUUAAAUUUCAGCAGGAACUCUGUGGACUCUCCUAGAUCACCUCUUUUCAUAAAACACGAAUUGAGCAACCAUUACCAUGAGGAACCAUUAGAUCUUAAGGUCAAUGAAGCAGAUAUAGAUUUGGGACUUUUAAAAAUCUCAGACGACUCCAAUGAGAGAGGCAAUGAUAAAAAUACCAAACAAAAAACCAACAAUGCUGCUAAAGGCAAGCAAAGACUUGCAGAUGACAAUUGGGAUGCCAGAGAAAAAGAACAGGAAAUUACUAUAGAUCCAGCAGUUUGCACCAUAUGCAACAAAACAUUCAAAUCCAAAUAUAUAUUAAAUGUGCAUCUAAAAAGACACAAAUUUAAGGGGCAGUUUUUGUGUACUUUGUGUGGAAAAGGGUUUAAUUCACAAGGGUGUCUUAAUAGGCAUGCUAGAGUACACACAGGUGAAAAAAACUACCAGUGUGAAAUAUGCCAAAAACGUUUUCCGUCUUCCAACAACCUCAACAUCCAUUUACGCACGCACACAGGGGUUAAGCCUUAUUUAUGCAAUCUUUGUGGAAAAUCAUUUAGUAAUAGAACAGGAUUAAACUUUCAUGUUAGGACGCAUAGUAAAGAACGGCCUUAUGGCUGUGACGUUUGUGGUAAAUCUUUUGGAGCUCAAAGCCAUUUGGAUUGGCACAAAAUGAUUCAUACAGGUGAAAGGCCUUUUCAAUGUGACCAGUGCGAUAAGGCCUUCAUUAAAAAAUGCGACUUGCAACGUCACCAAACUGUUCAUACUGGGGAGAAACCUUUUGCCUGUUCCUAUUGUGACAAACGGUUUAGUAGUAAAGUCCAUUUACAGUAUCACACAAUGGUUCACACAGAAGAACGUCCCCACAAAUGUCCUGUAUGCGGUAGAGGUUUCAUAAGAAGGUACUAUUUAAGAGAUCAUAUGUUGAAACAUCAUGGUACUUUAGAAGGUACUACUCUGGAAGAAAAAUCCACUCUAGCAAAAAAAGAUGAAAACUUUCAACAAGCACUUUUGGGUUUUCCCAAUAGUAAUUUGGAUAAUGAUAUGCAAGAGAAUGGAAAUUCCUUGGUGGCUUUCGAGAAUUGACAAUGGAAUUCUGUUUGUUUUAUCAACUUCAUUUGAUACCUCACCAAUCGAAUUUGUGUUUAAUAUUCUGUUUUAAUUCCUUUGAAAUUAGCUAAAUUUUUAAAAAAAUCAAUUUUUCCAUUUUAUUUCUAAAAAAGUGUCCCAAAAAUAUGGAUGAAUUUUUCAAUAGUCAUACAUCAAUUAUAAUUAGUGGGACCAAUAAAGUUGUGUCAAAAUAUGGCUAAACUCUGACAAAAUAUGGUGCUAUUCAAGUUGAGUGUUCAUAGAUUUAUUCUUUACCUACCUAGUUGUUUUUGUAUAUAGAGUUUAUAUUAUUGAUGUUUUAAUAAAAUUAUUGAAGAUUAUCUAAAUGAA